AUGAAGAAUCUCGAGGAAGGUGAGAAUUUCAUUAAAGACAAAGAUGUCUUUUCAAACUUGUAUAACAAGCAAGACAAUGGCCCCUUCUUUGUCAUUAUCUCGUCAAAAAACAACACAAAAUUCAAUGACCUAGAAAUCAACAAAGAAUUAAUGGCCAACAACAUUAAUGGUAUUCAAAAAAUUGAAAAAAUAAAUUUCCACAACAUAAAAGUUACUUUCAAUACCUUUCAUCAAGCCAACAAUCUCACACUUUGUAACACCAUCAACAAAGACAACAAGAAUAUUUAUAUUCCCAGAAACAUCCUCGAAAAAAGAGGUAUUAUUGAAGAUAUCCCAAACUCUUUCUCGUUAAAAGAAUUAGCUGAAGGCCUCUCAUCUACCUCUCCAGUAAUUAAAAUACAAAGAAUCAUAAUCAACAAUAAACAAUACAACAAAGACUUACCUGAUUCCAUCAACAAUAACAAAAAACAUGCAACUGAUAAAAUAUUGAUCACUUUUCGAGCACAAUCUCUCCCCGAAGAAGUCAAAAUCUUUCACACGUUACGUAAAGUCAAGAUCACUCGCAUCAACAUCAAAUUCUGUGGAGAUUGCCUUCGCUUCGGUCAUCGAAGCUCAGUCCAAUUCCCAUGCAGAAAUAAAAAGAUCUGCUAUAAAUGUGGAAAAGAUCAUUUACCAACAGAAACAUGCUCUGAUUACUGCUACAUGUGUAAAGAAAAUCACAAAAUCAAUUCACAAGAAUGCAAACAGAGAGAAAUACAAAAAAACUUAAACAUCGAAGUAGCAUACAACAACAAAUUAUUCAUGGAAUUGAGAAACACAAAGAAAAAUCAAUAUGAUUCAAAUUACUACGGUUUACUAUCAACCAAAGAAUUUCCUGAAUUACCAAGCACACAAAGACAAACAUCACAAAAUUUCUCAUUCAAUAAAAUUGACGAUAGACUGGUUGAAGCAAGAAAAGUUACUACAAAAGACAAACAAAACAUUCAACCUUUUAAUGAAAUAAUAAAAGAAGCUCAACAAUAUUACAGUGACAAUAAACAAUUUUAUGCAAAUAAGCAAGCACACUUCGACCAUAAACAAUAUAUUAAACAAACAAACGAAGAAGUUCUCAACACCGUCAAAGAAAGAAUCAGAAAAAGAAAGAUGGAAGAAGAGGCAAAAAAAAUAAAAACAAAUACGAACAAGACGACAGAAAACAUGGAAACAGAAACCAGUGAACAACCAAACAUUACAACUAACAUCCAAUCAAUCGAAAUCGACAGAGAAGACGACAACAUAAACAUAGAUAAAGACGACAACAUGAACUCAAGACAAAACUCAAGAAAUUCUUUUUUAUAA